UCGUCAUUCCAAGCAACUUUUCAGCACUAUAUAUAUCAAACCAACGACGACUUCUUCUUCACUCCAAGACUGCUUCACGUUCCUCUAGAACUCAAGCCAAUAACCAAAACCCAAUUGUCCUUUCAUUCCUCUUCUUCGAAAAUUUCAAGAACUACUCAUCAAAAUGGCUUUCUUUCACAGCCAUCUAUUUUUCCAACUCGCCAUAAUCGUUUCAUUAGUCCAUUUCACAAUGGCUGGCAGGCAAGUCCCCAAGCCCACCACCCAAGAUGACCAAAACACGAUGGUCUUUCAAUACCACAAUGGCCCUCUUCUUAGUGGCAAAAUCUCAAUUAACUUAAUCUGGUAUGGCAAAUUCAACCCUUCAGAAAGAGCUAUAAUUGCAGAUUUCGUUACCUCAUUGUCCACCUCCUCUUCAAACCCCACAACCAACGAACCAUCUGUCGCCACGUGGUGGAAGGCCACUGAGAAAUACUACCAUUUGCUCAAAUCCAAGAAAGCCUCUCCCCUGAUCCUCUCACUGGGUACCCAAGUUAUCGACGAGAGCUGUUCUUUGGGUAAAUCUCUUACUAGGAAUCAAAUUGAAGAACUGGCAGCCAAGGGUGAACAAAAGAAUGCCAUCAACGUUGUACUAACAGCUUCAGAUGUUGCAGUUGAUGGGUUCUGCUCAAGCACCUGCGGGACCCAUGGUUCACUGUUAAGUUCCAAGAUUGCCUCUGCUAAGGGAAAGAUUUACAAGUUUGCUUACAUCUGGGUUGGAAACUCAGCGACCCAAUGCCCUGGUCAAUGUGCGUGGCCAUUCUACCAACCCAUGUACGGACCUCAGACUCCACCACUGGUUGCACCCAACAACAAUGUGGGUUUGGACGGAAUGGUCAUCAAUGUUGCUACCCUUUUGGCUGGGACAGUGACCAACCCCUUCGGAAAUGGCUACUUCCAAGGACCUGCAAAUGCACCACUUGAGGCUGCCUCGGCUUGUACUGGGGUUUAUGGGCGUGGGGCUUACCCAGGAUAUCCUGGGAAGCUCUUGGUCGACCCUACAACUGGUGCAAGCUAUAAUGCACAUGGUACAAAUGGCAAGAAAUACCUUCUUCCAGCCUUCGUUGAUCCUUCAACAUCCUCAUGUUCUACAUUGGUCUGAAACACUAAAUGUAAUCGUACACAAGUCUAGGAGAUGGAGAUGUAGUCAUGUCACAAAUUCUUUGAUUCUUUUUUGAGAUCGAAUAUUAAAACACAAUUUAUAUUUUUAUACCCUCUA